AGACAUGCGAAUGCGAUGUGAAUAAUUUGUGACAGCACUCGAAAAACAAAUUAGAAAUUUCUUGUUUUAUGUCAGUUGUCUGUAGCGACUAGGGUCUAGGACCGAGCGAUAACAAUUUAUCAAACAUUACUUAUUUAAACUAUCUAAGAAGUCUUUAUUUACCAACCCACAAUAUUUGGUGAUGUUCGUAUUUUUAUAAAACACAUCUCCAAAGUUGCUUAACGAUGGCCGACAACGUGGAUACUCCUAUGGCAAAUAACGAAGCAGAUGGUGUGACAAAUGAAAAUUCUGGCAGGGAUGAAAAUAACAGCGGUGAUAAAUCGCCGCCACCUCCGGCAACUCCACCACCAGCAGAAGAAGACACCCAAGAAAUCAUUGUAAUUAAUGAAAAUACGGAAGAAUUGGAUCUAAAUCAUGGAAGAAUUGGCAAGAUUGAAAAUCUAGAACAGUUAAAACGCUUAGAGAGGUUAUAUUUAAGAUGGAAUUUAAUAAAGAAAAUAGAAGGUCUGGAUACCCUGACAACUCUUGUAGAGUUGGAAUUGUAUGAUAAUCAAAUAGUGGUAAUGGAGAAUCUGGAUAACCUUGUGAAUUUGGAAAUUCUAGAUUUAUCAUUCAACAGAAUCAAAGAAAUCACUGGCCUUGAUAAGUUGGUGAAUUUAAAAAAACUGUUUCUUAGUUCAAACAAAAUAACGGAAAUAAAAAAUGUAAAUCAUCUUAGCAAGCUGGAGCUUUUGGAACUUGGCGACAACAGAAUAAGGGAAAUCAAAAAUUUAGAAGGAAUGAAGUCACUUAAGCAGCUAUAUUUGGGAAAAAAUAAAAUUACGAAAAUUCAAAACCUUGAAGACGUGACAAAUUUGGAGAUACUUGUUCUGCAAAGCAAUCGCUUAACCAAGAUAGAGAACUUGGAGCAAUUGACGAAUUUGGACCAGUUGUAUUUAUCCGAGAAUGGUAUAACAGCCAUCGAGAACCUAGAUUAUCAGAUCAAACUGCAGACACUAGACUUGGCUAUGAAUAGGAUUAUCGUGAUUGAAAAUUUGAGGCACAUGACAGAUUUGGAGGAAUUAUGGCUCAACGACAAUCAGGUAUCAGAUUGGUCGUCUGUUGAAUACCUGCAAGAAAACAAGAAACUAGCGACAAUAUAUUUAGAAAGGAACCCGCUGGCCUCUGAUCCAGCUUAUAGGCGGAAACUCAAGAUGAUUCUACCUUCGUUACAACAGAUUGAUGCCACUCUGUGUAGAUAAGAUGUUUAUUAUUAAUUGUCUGUGCUCAAAUAUGACGGCCGAGAUUGGCGCCUUUUUCUUAUUCUACAUUGAAUUUUAUUCAUAAGUAUUUUUUACAUCUGCCAAUGAAUGUGUUAUAUUGUCUAUAAAGCAAAUAAAGAAUUUAUAAUUUAUAUAAACUUUUUAAUAAUAAUAACUUUUCAAUACCCAUACGUAAUUUUAAAGUGUAUUUUCGUAAUAGUUCUGUAUAACCAUCACGGCCGCCAUAUUUUUCAAAAAUGAGACCAUGUAGUUGUGAGACCAAGAUGUAAUGUAUGUUAUUAUUUUAGCUUUAUUUAUGUUUCAUAUAUUCAGUAAUAUGUUCAGAUAUAUAUUGAAUUUGUGUUUCAUUAGCAAACUGUAUAUAAUCAUAUUGUUUGUAAAUUGUCAUUUAUUGCGUCAAUAUCAUCGGCUUUAUACAUUUUUAUAAAGAAAAACUAAUUAAAUUAUCAUAUAAUUGAUUAAAUUAAUUGUAAAGCUAAAGGAGGCUGGAUCCUCUUUAUUAGUUUGCGAAGCUUGAUCCCAUUCAGUUUCAUUGCAUAUCGAUUAGAUAAAAUAGAUGAAGGUUCUAUACUUAAAUAAAAGCUGAGCUCGCAUAGUUUUUUUUUCUAAAAGUUCGCGAUAUUAUCCAUACAAUAGUAAUAAGUAAUACUUGUAAAAUAUAUUAUGAAUAUUAAACACAAUAUUAGGUUUUUUUUUCUCAAAACACUCCCUUGAUUUCUGAGCCGAACAUAUAUGAAAAGAUAUCAUGAGAACUGCCAGGACUCAGGAAGAAACCAUAUAAUAUAAUAAUAUGUACUGUUUAGUUAUUUUUUUGAUUUCAACAAUUUGUGCAAUUUCAUUCGGGUCAUUAUUGCUCAAUCAUGUUCGGAUACCGGUUUUUAAUUUUUUGUUGAAUUUGCUGAUAU